ACCUUGCUGUUCAUGUGAUACAGGUACCCAGGCACGCUGGCCCUCCUUACCCUGCUCAUGACAUCACAAAGGGACACCCUAACUUGGCGGGUACUCCGCCCAGUCAUGCCCACUCCCCAGCACUCUCUCAGGUAUCAGUACCCACAGCUUCCCCAUAUCGCUACUCUAAGGGCUGGGAGGCAGGCGGAGGGUCUCCAUACAACCCUGGGCAAAAUGCUGGCUCCGCCCCUCUAGUGUAUUCUCCCCAGACACAGCCAAUGAAUGCACAGCCACAGAGUCGCCCGUUUGCUACGGGCCCUCGACCAACCCACCAUCAGGGAGGAUUCAGGCCCAUCCAGUUUUUCCAGAGGACUCAGAUGCAGACUGCAAGGCCCACCAUCCCUACAAACACACCCUCCAUACGGCCCGGCUCACAGACUCCCACAGCGGCCGUCUACCCCACUAAUCAGCCUAUCAUGAUGACUAUGGCACCCAUGCCUUUCCCCUCCCCUCAGGCUGCACAGUACUACAUCCCACAGUACCGGCACAGUACGCCCUAUGUGGGACCUCCUCAGCAGUAUUCUGUGCAGCCCCCAGGGUCCGGCACCUUCUAUCCUGGUCCAGGGCCAGGGGAGUACCCUGCUCCAUAUCCUGGCCCCCCCUACUACCCAGGACAGACUGUGUACUCCCCCUCACCCCCCAUCAUAGUGCCUACACCACAGCAACCUCUACCAGCCAAGCGGGAGAAGAAAACAAUCCGUAUCCGUGACCCCAAUCAGGGGGGAAAGGACAUCACAGAGGAGAUUAUGGCAGGGGGUUCAGGGAGCAGGAAUUCAACGCCUCCUGUCGGUCCCCCCUCCUCUACCCCAACCCCGCCACAGUUUUUAUGGCCUCACCCUCAUUAUCCUCACAUUUUCUACCUCAAAUCACAGCAGCAGCAGCUGAACAGCAGCCAGACCCAGCCGCUGACAACAGGGGAUUCAGACACCAAACCAGGGCCAGAUGAUAUGCCAAAACUCCAGAAGUCUUCCUCGCCUGGGCUUGUGCAACCUGAAGCCCCUGUGGAGAGUCUGGAGGCCAACGUUCCUGAAACUGAGCCCUCAUCUUCUGCUGAGCCAGAUCCUCCCUUCCCUGCCUCACUGACCGCCUCCGACACUCUCCCACUUGCAGUGGUCAAUGCCAGCGAACAUCCCUCAGCUAGGGAGUCCACAGCCUCCGCCUCUCCUCCCUCCUCUUCAGUUGGGGAGCAGAAGCUCUCUUUGGUGCCUCCUCAGACUCCCAGCACAGACAAGCCUCUUUCAGAUGACCCACGAACUAUGACUGCCUCGCCUGCACUGGCUCCCAAGGCACUGAAUGGCCUUGUAGAUGCCGGGACUGAGCUAGAUGCUGCAGCUCAUGAGCCUUCGUUAAUGUCCCCUGUUGCACUCCAACCCCAGGCUUCUGCUUACAGAGAGGCCUCCUCUGAAACCUUGCCCACUGACAUGAGACCAGAGGUGCCCAUUGCUGCUGCACUCACCCCUAUGGCACCUGUGGCUGUGGUGCCAGUCACCCUGACCUCAAGCCCCACCCCAGCUUUGCCAGUUAUGCUCCCCCCAGGCCUCCCACCUCUAGUGCAGGCUGAUGAGACAAGCAAAUCCUUAGACACUAAAGAACUUGUCUCCAGAGUAGUGACAGAAGCACAUGGUGGCAUUACUGACAGCAAAACAGAGUCCCAGCAACAAGUACUCGUCAGGAAGAGUCCCACUACAGUAAACCAGACAGCUUCUGCGAUACCAAAGACCUGGAUGAAACCAAAUGAAGUGAUCUCUGCUGGAGAUGUACCUCAAAAGGACGACGAGGACGAACUGAAGCUAGUAGAUGAGCCUGCUGGAGACCAGGCCCUGCAAUCAGCUCCUCUGAGCAGUAGUCCUGUACCCCUACCACCAGUCUUGACCUCUGCCGUCACUCCAGCUCCUGCCAGCAGCCCUGAGGCUGAUGGAAAACCCAUCACACCAGAGGAGAACGGUGAGGCCGAGCUGGAGCCUUUGCGGAAUGGGGCAGAACACGCCUCUGAGACAGAGAGCAGCGACAGUGGAGCUACUGCUGGAGACAAGGAGAACUCCACAGGGGUUUCACAGGACAUGGAAGACCUGGCCGAGCCAAGUGGGAAGCGUCAGUAUGACAGGGGCUUCCUGCUGGCCUUCCAGUUCAUGCCUGCCUGCAUACAGAAGCCUGAGGGGCUCCCACCAAUCAGUGAUGUGGUGCUGGACAAGAUGAACCAAAGCAAGUUGCCAUCUCGAGCCGUGGAUUCCAGGGUGAUUUCCAGAGGACCUGAUUUCACACCUGCCUUUGCAGAUUUUGGCAGGCAGAUGAGCGGAGGACGAGGCGCUGCACUUAUGAGCAUUGGGGCACGGCGCCCUCCACCCCGAAAGAUCAUCAUGAACGUAUCGGUGAAUGAUGAUGUUCAGCUGAAAAAAUCAGAGAAUGCAUGGAAACCUGGCUUGAAGAGGGAGGGCUUAGCAGAAGACCCUGAGAUUCAGAGAACACAGGAGCUCUUCAGGAAGGUGCGCAGCAUCCUCAACAAGCUGACGCCUCAGAAGUUCAACCAGCUGAUGAAGCAGGUGACAGACUUGACCAUCGAUACAGAGGAGAGGCUCAAAGGUGUCAUCGACCUGGUCUUUGAGAAGGCCAUCGAUGAGCCCAGCUUCUCUGUGGCUUAUGGAAACAUGUGCCGCUGCCUCACCACGCUCAAAGUGCCCAUGACAGACAAACCCAACACCACAGUGAACUUUCGCAAGCUGCUGCUAAACCGCUGCCAGAAGGAGUUUGAGAAGGACAAGGUGGAUGAUGUGGUGUUUGAGAGAAAGCAGAAAGAGCUGGACUCUGCUGCAUCGGCGACGGAGCGUGAGCGUCUUCAGGAGGAGCUGGAAGAAGCCAAGGAUAAGGCCCGGCGGCGUUCCAUCGGCAACAUCAAGUUUAUCGGCGAGCUCUUCAAGCUCAAGAUGUUAACAGAGGCCAUCAUGCAUGACUGUGUGGUUAAGCUGCUGAAGAACCAUGAUGAGGAGUCUCUGGAGUGUCUGUGCAGACUGCUCACCACCAUCGGCAAGGACCUCGACUUUGAGAAGGCCAAGCCUCGGAUGGAUCAGUAUUUCAAUCAGAUGGAAAAGAUCGUCAAGGAGAGGAAGACAUCUUCUCGGAUACGGUUUAUGUUACAGGACAUUAUAGACCUAAGAUUGCACAAUUGGGUGUCCAGGAGAGCAGACCAGGGCCCAAAAACAAUUGAGCAGAUUCACAAGGAGGCAAAGAUUGAAGAGCAGGAAGAGCAGAGAAAAGUGCACCAGCAGCUGCUCUCCAAGGACAGCAAGAGACGGCCAGAUCAGAGAGAUCAGCGUGUGCAGAGAGACGAGACCUGGAACACUGUGCCCAUGACAAAGAACAGCAGGACUAUCGACCCCACUAAGAUUCCAAAGAUCUCCAAGCCUCAAAUGGAUGAGAAGAUCCAGUUGGGCCCACGGGCUCAAGUCACUUGGGUGAAGGGCAGCAGUGGAGGAGCCAAGGCCAGUGACUCAGAACUGUCACGGGCAGCUGGGCUAAACCGUUACUCUGCACUGCAGUCCACGCCCUCACCACAACCCUCCGCCAUGCCUCCACAGAACCAGGACUUUGAACCCAGGAGAACGCUGGGAAGUCGUAGCAGUACAGGCAGAGAGCGCAGUGAGAAGCCACUGAUCUCUGCCCCUCCAUCAUCACGGCCUGGACCUUUUGUCAGGGGAGGCAGUUCAAAGGAGCUGCUGAAGAGUCAAAGCCCUGAGGAGCCACAAAGAGAGCGGGAGCGAGAAGGAGCUGAGCCCUGGCGAUCGAGUGUCACCGAGGACAGAACAGAGCCAGAGCACAGGGGAGUCAGGGAGCCUGUGAAACCUGAGCCUGUAGUUCAGAUCCCAGACAGACCUGUGCUGUCAGAAGAGGCGAUAGAGAGGAAGUCCAAGUCCAUCAUCGACGAGUUCCUGCACAUAAAUGAUUAUAAGGAGGCUGUCCAGUGUGUGGACGAGCUUGAGUUGGGUUCUCAGCUCCACAUCUUCGUGCGUGUUGGCAUAGAGUCAACCCUGGAGCGUAGUCAGAUAACACGGGACCACAUGGGCCAGCUCCUCUUCCAGCUGGUGCAGCAGGGAAUUGUGCCCAAAACCCAGUUUUUCAAAGGGUUUGCAGAAACGCUGGAGCAGGCGGACGACAUGGCCAUAGACAUUCCCCAUAUUUGGCUGUACCUGGCUGAGCUGCUCAGCCCUGUGCUGAGGGAAGGGGGCUUCUCUAUGAGAGAGCUCUUUAGUGAAUUAAGCAAACCUUUGCUUCCUGUGGGAAGAGCUGGGAUCUUAAUUUCUGACAUACUGCACAUACUAUGCAAACAAAUGAGCCAUAGGACUGUGGGUUCCCUGUGGAGGGAAUCUGGCCUCAACUGGGCCGACUUUCUGCCAGAGGAAGAUGAUGUCCAGGCUUUCAUCUCAAAACAGAAACUCCAGUUUGUUCAGUUGGACGGCUCCUGCCCUGAGGCACCUCUGUCUAAAAAGGUCUUGUCUCCCGAGGAGCUGAGCCAACAGCUGGAGAAACUCCUUCUGGAGGACAUGGCCAGUGACGAGCAGAUCUUUGACUGGGUAGAGGCGAACCUAGAUGAAUCUCAGAUGAGCUCGUCUCCCUUCCUGAGGGCUUUGAUGACAGCUGUGUGUAAGGCAGCAGUGAAAGAUGAUAACACCAACUGUCGAGUGGACACGGCCAUCAUUCAGAGGAGAUUGCCUGUAUUACUCAAGUACCUUAACUCAGACACUGAGCGACAGCUGCAAGCACUUUAUGCACUUCAGGCGCUGAUCGUCGCCCUUGAUCAGCCUCCAAACCUCCUCCGGAUGUUCUUUGACUGUCUGUAUGAUGAGGACGUAAUCUCCGAGGACGCCUUCUACAAGUGGGAGACGAGCAAAGACCCCGCGGAGCAGCAGGGGAAGGGUGUGGCCCUCAAGUCUGUCACAGCCUUCUUCACUUGGCUGCGGGAGGCGGAGGAGGAGUCAGAUAAUAAUUGAUGAGGGAGACACCCGGGGACAUGACAUAGUAGAACUGCAUCCUUACAGCAGAGCAAACAAACAUUCAAAAUGGGUGUGUGAGCAGGACGACACGUUUACGGCUGGAAUAUUUUUCUGCGGUACGGUUCUGAAGCAUGCCGCCAUUUUGAGUUUGGAUUCCAACGGCGGAAGCACUAAAUACCUGUAUUAUACAUAGAAAAUAUUUUUGUUUUAAAUUUUAACUUUUCUUUUGUUACUUUUUAAGAAGAGACUUAAAAGACACAUAGGUUCUGGACUCUUUAAUUUAUUAUUUUUUUAAGGACUGCAAAUAUGAAAGUUAUUUAACAUUUGCAGAUGCUCACAACAACAGAACAAAUAACAAUAUAAUUAAUUAUAAUAACAAAGUAAUGAUUGUGAAAUAAAUUGUCUCCCUGAAUUCCAUACUGUUUGGUUUAAAACAGGGUAAAACAAAAUUAUUUUGGGAUGAAGUGGAAGCAGAUGAAAAGGAGAGGAUGCACAGGAGCUAAUAACGUUACUUGUGUAUGAUGUUGGAGGUCAAAGGUUAUCUCGCUCACUCGCUCUACAUUGAUAUGUACAUAGCGAUAUGCAUUGAAGAAGCGAUGCAAGUCAGUCCAUGGAACUGUCCGACCAACGCAACAAACCAGAUACAUCCAAGUGAAAUGAGCAAAAACGCAACUUUAAAAAACAAGUGAACAUAACAUGCUUGUAAUACUUCACACCUACAGAGCAGAUGAAAUGCUUGUAAAUACAUUAAAGACAAAAAGGUAUUUAAAAA